GAGCGGAGCCGAGUGGAGCCGAGCCGAGCCGAGCCUGCUUCGCGGCGGCGGUUGGAGCGGCCCAUUCUCCCACCAUGAGGAGAACCGUGUCCGAGAUCCGCCCUCGGGCGGAGGGCUACGAGAAGACAGAUGAUGUUUCUGAGAAAACUUCCCUGGCUGACCAGGAGGAGGUCCGGACGAUAUUCCUCAACCAGCCGCAGCUAACCAAGUUCUGCAACAACCAUGUCAGCACUGCUAAGUACAAUAUUAUCACAUUCCUGCCAAGGUUUCUCUACUCCCAGUUCCGACGUGCCGCCAAUGCAUUUUUCCUUUUUAUCGCAUUGCUUCAGCAAAUCCCAGAUGUGUCCCCCACAGGGCGCUACACCACCCUGGUCCCCCUCCUGUUCAUCUUGACCGUGGCAGCCAUUAAGGAGAUAAUAGAAGACAUUAAGCGGCAUAAAGCAGAUAAUGCAGUGAACAAGAAACAGACACAAGUUUUGAGAAAUGGGGCUUGGGAGAUUGUUCACUGGGAAAAGGUAGAUGUUGGAGACAUAGUUAUAAUAAAAGGCAAAGAGCAUAUACCUGCUGACACUGUACUUCUGUCAUCAAGUGAGCCCCAGGCCAUGUGCUACAUUGAAACCUCCAACCUCGAUGGUGAGACCAACCUGAAAAUCCGGCAGGGUUUACCUGCAACAUCAAAUAUAAAGGACAUCGACAGUCUGAUGAGUCUUUCCGGGAGGAUUGAGUGUGAGAGCCCAAACCGCCAUCUCUAUGACUUUGUGGGGAACAUCCGACUGGAUGACCAUGGGACUGUUCCCCUGGGAGCCGAUCAACUCCUGCUCCGUGGAGCGCAGCUCAGGAACACCCAGUGGGUUCACGGGAUAGUGGUCUACACUGGGCACGAUACCAAGCUCAUGCAGAAUUCCACGAGUCCUCCGCUCAAACUGUCCAACGUUGAGCGAAUCACAAACAUUCAGAUCCUGAUUUUAUUUUGCAUCCUGAUGGCCAUGUCUCUGGUCUGCUCCAUUGGGUCGGUGAUUUGGAAUCAAAGACAUUCGGGAAGGGAUUGGUAUCUCAACCUCAACUAUGGAGGUGCCAGCAAUUCGGGCCUGAACUUCUUGACCUUUAUCAUUCUCUUCAACAACCUCAUUCCAAUUAGUUUGUUGGUGACUCUGGAAGUUGUCAAAUUUAUCCAGGCAUACUUCAUCAACUGGGAUGUGGACAUGCACUAUGAGCCCACUGACACCGCCGCCAUGGCUCGGACCUCCAAUCUCAAUGAAGAACUAGGCCAGGUAAAAUAUAUAUUUUCCGACAAGACCGGAACGCUGACCUGCAACGUGAUGCACUUUAAGAAGUGCACUAUUGCCGGAAUUGCAUACGGCCAUUUCCCUGAGCGUGAGGAUUGUGGCUACCCUUCUGAUGCCUGGCAGGGCGCCCAGAGCGGGGAAGAGAAAGCAUUUAGUGAUUCAUCAUUGCUGGAAAAUCUCCAGAACAAUCAUCCAACUGCGCCUAUUAUCUGCGAGUUUCUCACCAUGAUGGCUGUCUGUCACACGGCGGUCCCAGAAAGAGAAGGAGACAAGAUCAUUUACCAAGCUGCAUCUCCAGAUGAAGGAGCGUUGGUCAGAGCAGCCAAACAGCUGAAUUUUGUCUUCACGGGAAGAACACCCGAUUCAGUCAUUCUAGACUCACUUGGACAGGAAGAACGAUAUGAGUUGCUUAACGUCUUGGAAUUUACCAGCUCCAGGAAGCGGAUGUCUGUGAUUGUGCGCACGCCAUCAGGGAAGCUUCGACUCUACUGCAAAGGAGCGGACACUGUCAUCUACGAUCGCCUGGCUGAGAGCUCAAGAUACAAAGAAAUCACCUUGAAGCACUUGGAGCAGUUUGCUACAGAGGGGCUAAGGACUCUGUGUUUCGCGGUGGCGGAAUUGUCCGAGAGCGAGUUCCAGGAAUGGAGGGUCAUCUACGGGCGGGCUGCGGCUGCCAUCCAGAACCGGGCACUGAAACUCGAAGAGAGUUACGAGCUGAUCGAGAAGAACCUGCAGCUUCUUGGAGCCACGGCCAUCGAAGACAAAUUGCAAGAUCAAGUGCCUGAAACAAUAGAAACUCUGAUGAAAGCCGACAUCAAAAUCUGGAUUCUGACGGGGGACAAGCAGGAGACGGCUAUUAACAUUGGACACUCGUGCAAACUCCUAAAGAAAGACAUGGGGCUGAUCGUCAUCAGCGAGGGUUCACUGGAUAGUACACGGGAGAAGCUGAGCCAACACUGCACUAGGCUGGGGGACGCUUUGAGGAAGGAAAACGAUUUUGCUCUCAUUAUCGAUGGCAAGACCCUGAAAUAUGCUCUGACAUUUGGCGUUCGGCAGUACUUCCUGGACCUGGCUCUGUCCUGCAAGGCUGUCAUUUGCUGCAGGGUUUCUCCUCUCCAAAAGUCGGAAGUGGUGGAAAUGGUGAAGAAGCAAGUUAAAGUCAUAACUCUGGCCAUUGGUGACGGCGCCAAUGACGUCAGCAUGAUUCAAACUGCCCACGUUGGCGUGGGGAUAAGUGGAAACGAAGGGCUACAGGCGGCUAAUUCUUCUGACUAUUCUAUCGCCCAGUUCAAGUAUUUGAAGAAUUUGCUGAUGGUCCAUGGCUCCUGGAACUACAAUCGAGUGGCAAAGUGCAUCCUGUAUUGCUUCUACAAGAACAUUGUCCUCUAUAUUAUUGAGAUCUGGUUUGCCUUUGUCAAUGGCUUUUCCGGACAAAUCCUCUUUGAAAGGUGGUGCAUCGGCCUGUAUAAUGUGAUGUUUACAGCCAUGCCCCCGCUUACUCUUGGGAUAUUUGAGCGAUCAUGCCGGAAAGAGAAUAUGCUGAAGUAUCCUGAACUCUACAAAACUUCCCAGAACGCGCUGGACUUCAACACAAAGGUUUUCUGGGUGCAUUGUCUGAAUGGCCUCUUCCACUCCGUUAUUCUGUUUUGGUUCCCCCUAAAAGCCCUCCAAUAUGGAACAGUCUUUGGAAAUGGAAAAACCUCCGACUACCUGCUGCUGGGAAAUUGCGUUUACACUUUUGUUGUGAUCACGGUUUGCCUGAAAGCUGGAUUGGAGACAUCCUAUUGGACAUUGUUCAGCCACAUAGCCAUAUGGGGAAGCAUAGCCCUCUGGGUGGUGUUCUUCGGAAUCUACUCAUCACUGUGGCCAGCCAUCCCAAUGGCGCCAGACAUGUCUGGAGAGGCAGCCAUGCUGUUCAGCUCUGGCGUCUUCUGGAUGGGCCUGUUGUUCAUUCCCGUGACCGCCCUGCUGCUCGAUGUUGUGUACAAAGUAAUCAAGAGAGCCACCUUCAAAACCCUGGUGGAUGAGGUUCAGGAGCUGGAAGCAAAAUCUCAAGAUCCAGGAGCUGUAGUGCAUGGAAAAAGCCUGACUGAAAGAGCCCAACUGCUAAAGAACGUCUUUAAGAAGAACCACAUGAACCUGUACCGGUCGGAGUCUCUACAGCAAAACCUUCUCCAUGGGUACGCUUUCUCCCAGGAUGAGAACGGAAUCGUGUCCCAGUCGGAAGUCAUCCGAGCGUACGACACCACCAAACAAAGAGCGGAUGAGUGGUGAGGGGUCGCGGCUCGCCGGGGGGACUGGCCACCCCCACACCCGUCGCCAUGUCCGGUGCUCCCGACAACCGUGACGUUUUCCCUGGAGCCGGUUGGCACUCUCGGGUGCCUGAGGUGAAAGGAAGACCCAUCCCGAUCUCGUCAUACGGAGUUUGGGUUCGUGCCUCCCCCAGACACUGGUGCUGUGUGCUGCUCCCUAAACCCCACCCUUCUCUGAAGCUCCCACCCAACUCUUUGCGUAGUCUCUGCACCAGAGGAGGGGGAUGAGGAACACUGACUUUACGGCCAACUGGUGUCCACCUCGUUCCCCGGCCCAAACCCUGAGGACGUAGCUCCUGGCCUAUCACCAGCCACCUCAUCCGCUUCGCUGAGAGAGCCCAGUGGUCACGGAGGAGGACCUGGUGAUUGGGAGACUCACAUGGGCAAGGGUCUGUGGAACCAUAGUUUUCCCAGGGUCGACUCCCCUUGCUGAGCAAGGCCUCGCAACUGGGGGUCUGCAGGUGUGCGUCUGCGUGUGCGCAAGCGCGGGUGUCUGACUCCCCCGAUGAAUGUGCUGUUCCAGAGACAUUGCAGUCACUCCUGUCUCUUCGCAGGUGUCCUUGGCAGGGGAACCUAGAAAGAACGGGGCUCGCUUCUAACCCCGCUGGCAGAUCUGCAAGAGGCAUGUUUCAGACAGCGUCGCAAAGGCAGGCGGCCGCUCUGGCUCUUGCCGCAGAACUCUGCUGAUUUUGUACCUUUGGCCUUAGAUGUCUGCUUCUCUUGGUUUUUGUGUGUGCUCCCGUUGGUGUUCCCCUGCAGCUUCAGUGGGUCUGUCAUCUCUUAGUGUGUCAGAUUGUUUACGCUGAGUUGCACUCGAGGCUUGCCGCUCCUGCAGGGGGCUGUGCCCAUCACUAAGCUGGCCGUGUCACUCCCCCCUGCCACCCUCCCUGAGGUGGGUCCCUAACCCUCCCGUGGUGCCUAUGUGGGCACCUCCAUGCUCCUUAUCCUGCAUCCCACUCAUGAGACCCCCGAUGCCUCCCUCCAUUGAACUCAACUUCCAGGCGUCAGCAGGUCCCGAGGGGAGGAGACCCCAGCUGGGGGAUUCGGACUUGGCAAGGUUUGGGCCGAAGGAGCAGUGUGCCACUCCGUUUCAGGCAGCUCUGUCUUCUGGGAGCCAGUUGGAUGGUACACCCACGGCAACACCCUGCUGGGCUCCCCCAGCCUUCGUAGGGAAGCGGCUGAAUAUCUGAGUGAGUCCAAGAAGCAAGCUCCCUGCUUGGUUGUUCCAAAACCCACAGACUCAGAACCAUUCAGGGAAUGAACGGUGGGUCCCCUGUAGGCUAAGUGUACAGCAUCCAACUGAUCUUCCAGACCUGGCCAGAGGUGGGCCAAAGACCAUUCGUCUCCACUGGCAUCCUGCUUCCUCCUCUGUCUGGACUUGCCAGGCCUCCAUUAUCCUCAUGCUCGGGGGAUGGCUUGGCUCCUCAGCUUCCAGUGAGGGUGGCAGAGAUCCCCC